AUGCAUUCGAUUAUUGUUUUCACACUUAUAUUGAUCAAUGUAUCUCUUCUGUUCACUAUGCCUUCACCAAUUAUGAAUCGAGAUGAUGAAUUGCAAAAUUAUAAUGAUAUGGCAUAUCGCCCAUUAGUCAAUCGAUUUCAAAUAUCUCCAUGGGUACAUAAACGUAAUCCAGCUUUAUGUGACUAUCGUUUCCAACUGCGACCAUUACCAUUUACAUCUUCAUUAUGUUCUUAUGGUCAAAAUAAAGAAGACGAUACUCAUCAAGUUCAACUAUUUAAAUAUGGUUAA